GCGCGCGGUGCCGCACGGGCAUGAAGCGUGCACACCCGCCGGUCUACGGACGUGUGGACGAGCACGUGCGCGCUCCCGCGCCUGCACGCACCGCUCGCGCUGAUUGGCGGUUACCGUUGCCGGGUGCAACAGCAAGAGGAGGAGGAGGAAGAAGGGGGGGGAGACGGCGGGGGAAAGGCCGCUUGCCGUUAUUCGCAGGGGGUGGUAGAAUGGCUGCAGCAGCGGAAUUGAAUAAAUUUUUACUGGGACACAAUGGAGUUUCAAGUCCAAGUCAGAAUAUCGGGAUGGACCCUGCACAUGCAUGUAGCAUUCUGCAGCAGCUUAAAUGUAUGUACGAUGAGCAGCAGCUGACUGACAUUGUGGUGGAGGUAGAUCAUGGAAAAACGUUUUCCUGUCACCGAAAUGUACUCGCUGCAAUUAGUCCUUACUUUAGGUCUAUGUUCACAAGUGGCCUUACAGAGAGCACACAGAAAAAAGUGCGAAUUGUGGGAGUGGAAGAUGAUGCGAUGCGGCUUGUAUUGGACUAUGCAUAUACAUCUCGAGUAUCACUGACAGAGGUUAAUGUACAGGCUCUCUUCACAGCUGCAAGUCUCUUCCAGAUCCCAUUGUUGCAGGACCAAUGUGCCCAGUAUAUGAUCAGCCGACUGGAUCCACAGAACUCCAUUGGGGUUUUUAUGUUUGCUGAUGCUUAUGGACACCAAGAAUUGAAGGAGAAAGCUCAAGAUUAUAUUAGAAAGAAAAUUUUAUGUGUUGCCAAAGAGCAGGAGUUCCUCCAUUUGACUAAAGACCAGCUCACAAGCAUUCUAAACAGUGAUGACCUAAAUGUGGAAAAGGAAGAAUGUGUUUAUGAAAGCAUAAUUCAGUGGCUUGAGCAUAACAGAGACAAAAGGGAGCCACAUCUUGCAGACAUUUUUGCCAAAUGUGUACGUGUACCUCUGAUGGAAAAGACUUUUUUACAAAAAAUCCCUUGCACUUUUGCACAGGCUAUGGCUAGAAACUCCUCAGAACAUGGAACCAGUGACGGGGCUGAUAGCUGUAGACCAAGACUUGGUAUGACUGCUUCACAGAUGAUUAUCUGCUUUGAGGCUGCCAACAAACACUCAGGAAAGAAACAAACUGUGCCUUGUUUAGAUACUGUCACAGGAGAAGUCUUCAAAUUAUGCAAGCCUCCUAAUGAUUUAAGGGAGGUGGGAAUCUUGGUGUCACCUGAUAAUGAUAUUUAUAUUGCAGGAGGUUACAGACCAAGUAACAGUGAUGUAUCUAUAGAUCAUAAAGCAGAGAGUGAUUUCUGGAUGCAUGACCAUGCAGCAAACAGGUGGUUACCCAGAGCUCCAUUACUGAGGGCACGAAUUGGGUGCAAACUAGUUUAUUGUUGUAGCAAAACUUAUGCAAUUGGAGGUCGGGUGUAUGAAGGUGAUGGACGGAAUGCUCUAAAAUCAGUGGAGUGCUAUGAUGCCAGAGACAAUUGCUGGAUAGCUGUUUGUCCAAUGCCUGUUGCAAUGGAGUUUCAUGUUGCUGUGGAGUAUCAGGAUAAUAUCUAUGUACUGCAAGGUGAGUUUUUUCUGUGCUACAAUCCUCUCAAAGACUACUGGGGCUGUUUGACACCGAUGAGUGUGCCUAGAUCCCAGGGGCUGUCAGCUGUCUGCAAAGGUUCCAUCUACUAUGUAGCUGGAAUUUGUAAAGCACAUCAAAGAAUGCUUACAGUGGAGAGUUAUGACAUCCAACUUAAUAAAUGGGUGCAAAAGAAGGACCUUCCUCUGGAUCAAUCGACAAACCCCUACAUUAAACUUUUCUUGCUUCUUGACAAACUGCAUCUUUUUGUGCGAGCAACGCAAGUGGUAGUAGAGGAACACGUUUUCCGUACUAGUCGAAAGAAUUCUUUAUACCAAUAUGAUGAAGAAUCUGAUGAGUGGAAGAAAGUAUACGAGUCACCAGACAAGCUAUGGGACCUUGGCCGCCAUUUUGAAUGUGUUGUUGCCAAACUCUAUCCACAGUGUCUUCAAAAAGUGUUUUGAUUUUCUUGCAAUUUGCAUGAACUAUUAGUGUGACAUGGGCUAACAGUAUUUUGUGUAAUCAAAAUGGCUGUUUUAAAAGCACUAAGGAAAACGGAUAGGUGCUUUUGAAAGUAGCAGUGUUUGAACUUGUUCAGAAGUUUAGUUUUAUAAUCAAAUUUUACUAACUUUUCACUGGUGCUGGGGAAUAUAAAAGUGCAAUUACUUACAUGAAUUAUAGCUUAUUUUUAUUUUUAGCUCGCUCAUUCAAUGGCAUUUCUUGAAUCAGAUUGCAGUUGUCCAUUGCCUGGCAAUCUUAAAACUAUGCAGACUAGCAGGCAAAAUUCAGCUUGGAAGUAAGAAAUUGUUUUGCCCAAUGUUAUGGAAAAACUAAAGCCUUUAAUGAUACAUACGGGUAUAAAUUUGUUCAAAGUUAAUAGCAUCUGUAUUUUUUAAGUGUCUGUAUUUGAGAAUUGACCAUUUUACAUUUAAUGACCUGAUUCAAAUGUGAAGAUAUUUUAAUGGCUAGAUCUUGAUGGGGAAACAAGUGAAUUGAAUGGUUUCUUCAUCACCUAGAGUAACCAACUGAAGUGUUGUACCAGGGUCAAGCCUUGAAAUUAAAACAUACUGCAUAGAAUAAUAGUUAUGUAAAACUGUUUCACUUCGCCCCUCCAUUAAAUCCCUUCAUUGCUUUAAAUUACACAGCUUUGAAAGUUAGAAAAUGUGCAAUUAACAAGGGCAAGCCUUUAAACCGUUUAGGAAGCUGAUGUAACUAUUUAGAGGUACAUGUACCUACUGUUGUAACAGAGAAUAUUGUUUUAGUGUGGAACAGAAUGGGGAAAAGACCAACUUUUUAUACAAAAAUGGCUUCUGGUAGUAUUGAGAUUGUUCCGCGGUACUGCAGAGAAACUAGAAUCUUACCAAGUUAAAAAUCACACAACACCAGGUUAUAGUCCAAUAGGUUUAAUUGG